UCAAGGGUCUAUUUCGUUAAUUUGAAUGAAUAUGGCUUACAUCUAAUGAAACUUAAAACUCAGUUUCUCCGAAAAUUAAUAUAAGGUUUUUUUAUACAGAAAUGUUUGUGUACUGAAACGUUAGUGUGUGCACUGUUCCUUUUAUGCGCUCGGUGUGUCACAGUGUGUGUUUUUGGUUUGGUAUUUGUUUACGUUUAGUUUGGUAUUUUGCUGUUUUAAGUAUGGUUAGUUUUGAGUCCUUGUUUCUGGUGUUUUAUUUUCUAGGUUCUGCUUUUGUCUGUGUUUAUGGGUUUGGUGAUUGUCUUUAGUUAUGAAGUUUAUUUCCUGCCCUGUCCUUCUUGUCUCUGUUCUCUCCCAUGUGUUCUGGUUCCCUGGGUGUGUUCACAGUUUGUUCCUCGUCAAGCUCCUCCAUGUCCUCGUUUAUCCCUAUCUGGUUCACCUGCUCCCUCUGCCUCCAUGUCACACCAGUUCCCUGUUUCCCUGAUUACCUGCCCUAUUGUUUAAUGUCCACCUUUGUCUGUAUUUAAGUUCGUCUUUGUCCUUUGUUCCACGCGGUGUUGUUAUGUCUCUUUUGAUGUCUCUCUGGAUUUUUGUCCUUACAUUGGAUCCUGUUUUCAAACACCCUGUAAACUGGAUUGUCUUGUCGCCCUGCACUUUGCCUUCAUGUGAGUGAACUCUUUAAAUUAAAGUAGGAGUUUUGAUCCCCACUCUGCUUUCUCCGUGCUUGUCUGCCUUUUGGUCCACCACACAAACCUCAACUAUGACACGGUGCUUGGGUGGGUAAAGGCUGCUGAUGUUAGAGAUGCUUUGAUGCUCACCCUCUACACGUUCUGUAAGCUAUAAAACAUCAUUUUCAAAAAGUGGUCUGUCCACAAAGUGAUGUAUCUACUCAAAUUAGUGGAAAAUUGAAUGUAAGGAAAAAGUGUUGAAAGAUGUAGCGAAGCCUACUUAAGAGCCUUCAUACAGAUGUAUCCAGGAUACAACUGUUGCAUUCCUUGUUUUAAGCCUUUCCUAAACCUGAGACAUCAGAUGUGUCUGACCUGGGUUAAGGAGAAAAAGAUAGGACAGUUCAGUGGUCCAAACUCCUGUUUUCAGGUGAAAAUAUUUUAAUUUUUUUUAAUUUUAGAAUCAACAGAUGAUUUGGGGAACAAUGUCAUCUGCUGGUGUUGGUCCACUAUUUUACUAAGACCAAAGCCAGAACAGCCGUCUACAAAGAAAUUAUAGAGCACUGCAUGCUUCCCUCUGCUGACAAGCGUCAAGGAGAUGCAGAUUUCAUUUUCUAAGAGGACUCGGCACCUGCCCACACUGCCAAAAGUAUCAGUAUCUGCUUUAGUCAAGUCAAGUCAAGUCAAUUCAAGUUUGUUUAUAUAGCGUUUUCAGCAACAAGGCACUCAAAGCGCUUUAAUGACAAUAGUAUCAAUGUGCUUGACUGGUCAGCAGACUCAUUCGGCCAAAACCCAAAGCAAAUUCUACAGAGUAUUGUCAAGAAGUCAGCAAUGCAGAUAAGAUGAAGGCUGGUAAUAAAGCAACGUGGGUUCUUAACCCCUCAACAGAACUGAUUCCUCCGAUUGCCCAAUCAGUCAGGUAUUAAUGGUGCAUACUCUUCUUUACCUAAACAUACUCUUCAGUUGGAUCCCAUUUCUUAAUAAAAAUUAUUUUUUAUGGUCUUAUGGAAUAUCCAGUUUACUUAGAAACUGACUUUUGGGUUUUCAUUAGCUUUAAGGCAUAAUCAUCAAAAUUAACAAAAAUAAACACUUGGGAUAUGGCCCUCUGUAUGUAAUCAGUUUAAAUUAUAUCAGUUUAAGUUUUUUAAUUAAAUGAUGCUGGUGAUAUGCCUAUUUAUCAAGCUGUACCUGUAACUGGAAACAGUUUCGUCUUAAUUUUUGUUUAGACCUUGUUUGUGAAAUUAGUUUUUUCUUUGGCAUUUAUAUAAAUGACAUCAUACUGACGGGUGCCCUCAUUCUCUCUAACUAUUUCAUUCAGUGGCAGUAAGAUACUCAGUGAGACAAUUUAAUUUCUCAGAUUUGUUUCAGAUUUGCUUCGACAGAUGCUGUGUUGAAAGACGACAAAAUAUUGCUGAACCAAAGAUUGUUUGGUGAGAACUGUAGCUGCCGUCUGUAAUUUUCCAUUUGUAUGCCUAUUUAACAAGACCAGACAAAGCAAUCACAGCCAGACAGUGCAGAAAAACAGGAGGGAAGUGAAACCUCCUUUAAAAGGUACCUGGUUUAAUGCGCUGUGAGAGGGUAUCUCAUCUAAGAAAGUUUUCCAGUUUCAGGUUGUCUUGCAUUUGAAUAUCAUUAAAACACAUGAAAACAUUUUCUCUCAGAGCAAUUUAUAUAAGAAUAACAAACAAAAACUAACAAAGCAAAAUGGAUUAAAUUCAGCAGACGUCAGCCUGGUCCUCUGAUCAGAACUUACAAUAAGGUCCAGCAAUGUAUUAAUGGUGGAUUACAAAAUAAGUAUACCUAGAUAGUAGCAACACUAAAACUUGCAGCUGUAUGUACAGUUAUAAUUUCAUCCAUAUGCUGUCAGUAUAACUACAAUCUUGCUAACCCCUGAUAAAGAUGUUUAAAAAGCCUUAAAAUAAAUCCUUUUUAACUGCAGUAGCAUAAUCGUAAUCCUAAAAAUGUUUGAAAAACCCAACCUAAAUAUACUUAAUUAAAGUCUAUUUGUUAAAUGGGGAAAAUUGGGAAAUAUUUUUCUCUAAGUAAAUAAAUGCCGCUGAGGCCUUAUUAUAAUUUCUACUUUAAUUCUUUAACAUGAUCAAAGUGGCCGGGACUUUUCAAUCAGUGACUUCUCAACUCCUUACUGAGCUCUUCCCAGGGUGGGAAUACCUGUGACACAGAGGUUCAUUUCUCUUAAUCACUCUUUAAAAUCGGAAAACAAAAGAACAUGCAAUUUGAGUAAGGCAGAUGUAUUUUUAUUUUUACAAGUAAGUAAAUGGCUACAAGAAGAGGGCUACUCCCUUAAACUUGCUUGUUUCUGCUUUCGGGGUGAUAUUUAAAAAGCUUAAACAGCUGGAGCUGUGAUAAAAGAGGCUGAAUGAGGACCCAUGUUUGCCUUGGCAUUAUAGACAAUAAGCAGGAUUGUGUAAAAAACAAAAAAAAAGAAACUCCAAAGCUCACUCUCAGAUAACUGCUGUAGUGAACGCCAUCCUGGGGUAACCACGUCACUAUAACACUAACGGGACUAAACUAAAAGCUUAUUGACAAGAAAUAAGGAACCCAUUUAUCUCACGUACAUGAGCAUUAUUCCCUGCUGUCUACAUGCCAAAAUGGUACUUUGGGAAUGAGGCCAUUAGGAGUGAAUUUAAUUGUAAUGGUGACUGUUGAUAUUUAGAAGUUAAAUGUUUUAAGUGAAGUGUUUUUGCCAAUAAAACGAAAAAACUGCAGUGCUUGUUUCUGGACAUAUAAUUUAUAAAGAAACUAAAUUUAAAAAAGUUAGUUUAGCUCUGUUUUUGCCUAAAUCUUUCUUCUUGUAGAAGAAAGAUUUGGACAGUUUUAGAGUUUUAAACAAGUGCCUCUGAUGGGUUUACUGUGGAACAAAGUAUGACUGUGUGGGAAAGCAGAGAAAGAGAUUUAGGUUAAACAGCCUGACUAACGUCUUUUAGCCAGAGAAAAUUAGUUGUGUUUGUCCUUCAGAUCAACAGAUUUUUGAUGCGACUUUUCAUUUCUGAACAGCAGAUCCCUCUACUAAAUUCCAUUGUGAUAUUUUGUUAAAAGGUAAAAUAUUCAAAUCCCAUUUCUUUUUAUGGGCACGUCAGCAUUUUCUAUUGGUUUGUGAAGUGUUGGUUCAAUGUUGUUCCUUCCACCACUUUCUGCAGAUAGUGUGGAAGUGAAAUUCUAAAGAAAUUGUAAGUCUUUUUACUUUGGGCUGCAUAUCUUGUCUCAGUUGAUGUUGUCCAGAUAUGACAGUUAGGGAAAAACAAAAUGAAUAGCAGGUUAAAUCCAACAGUUUUAGUUUUUGUCCAUACAUUUCCCAGAGAUUUGGGAUACAUGACUGUAUCUCAUUGUACUAAUCUAAUCCCACAUUUCCCAUGACCCAUAAGCUUCUGUAUUUGAAGCAAAGAGCAUUUCACACUUAUCUCCAAACAGGAUUACACAAUAUCCAACCAUAAUCCUGCAGCAUUUCCCCCAUCAUUCCCAGAGCUACUAAACUGAACUCCUAACUUAUCCAUCUGGCAUCAACAUAGCCAGGAGUUCAACCUUUCCAAAUCUCUGAGUCAAAUUGAAUGGACAGCUGUUUGUGUGCUCAUCAUAGUGCUUCAGCACCUUGCAAAGCUACUUAAACCCCUUGAAAUGUUUCACAUUUACAUUAUUACCCCAAUCUUUAAUUUCCUCUGGUCACAUGAGAGCAAAGCAGAACCUUCUGACUUAUAUACAAAAUAAUUUGGGUGGCCGAAAACUAACACUAUUCAUUACCCUGAAUAUGCCAUCCUCAUGGAGAAACAUGGUGGUGGCUGCAUGAUGCAACGGGGAAGCCGUUAUUCACAAGGGACAGGGAAGCUGGUCAAAGUUAAUGGGAAAAUAACUGGAGAUAAACAGGAAGAGGCUGAAAAAGACUUAAGAGUGGGGCAUCGGCUUACAUUCCAACAGGGCAUCAACAUAGAGCCGGGGCUACAAUAAAAUUGUUUAAAUCAACAAAGUCAAGUGUUAAAAAGAUCCAGUUAAAUUCCAGACAUAAAUUAAAUCAAACAUGUGGUACUAAUUGAAAGUUCCUUAUUACAGAUGCUCUCCAUCAAAUCUAUCUUUGAGCUAUUCAGCAAGGAAGAAUAAACAAAAAUGUCAGUGUCUAGAUGGCAGAGAAAUACCCCUGAAAAACCCACAACUGUAACUGCAGCACAAGGUUUUUCUACAAAGUAUUCAAUCAGGCAGGUGGUAUAAAAAUGCAUAGCACACUUUUAAUAUAUACUCUAUAUAUUUGUAAAGAAAAUUGAAAAGAAUGUUCAGUUUCCAUUUCAAUUGUGCAUUACUUUGUGUUGGCCUAUCACACACAAUCCCAAGCAAAUACACUUACGUUUGUGAUUGUUAUGUAACAAAAUAUGGUACUCUUCAAUGGGCUACGAAUCCUUUUGCAAGGACGUGCAUCCCAUUCUUAUUAUGCACUUUCAAACCUGAAUGCUUGACUGGUUUUAUGAAGUCAUAUAUGUCACAGACGAGACAAAAGUGGCAUAACUGCUCUUCAAUUAGCAGCCGUCCCUGAUUGCGCCCCAGUUGUCUAAGCUGUGAAUACACUGAAGAGUUUUUAAUGAAUGUGAACAGCAAGGACUCCCAGGUGACCCGCUGGUGCUGCGGAGUGAUAAUGAAAAGGGUGGGUACCUUUUCUAGGCCGUAGCUUUUCCCAUUAUUCAUUCAUCAGAGAGGGUGUGCGACUGCAGAAGCAUGCUUGAUGUUUGCUCAGUCAGCGUGCACAGCCAGCCGAGCAUGUUGAGUCUCUGAACUAGGACAUGAGUGGGGCACCCACACCUGCAGAGGGCUCUGGGAAUGUCACUGUUUGGGAGGCGUACAUCGACUUUGCCCUUGUAGUGGCAAACAGCUUUGUUCUGCUAAUCACCUGCGCCAUGGGAACAGCGGCGAAUGUUUUUGUAAUCCUGGCAGUUUGUCACCAAAAGUCGCUGCAAACAUCCGUCAAUGCGCUGGUGGUGAAUCUCUCUGUCGUAGACCUCCUGCGGUGCACGAUCGACUGCCCUGUUCUUCUACACAUUAUCGUGACUAUGUACCUAGGAGGGCAUGUGAACCAUCUGAUCUGUGACACACAAAUGGCCUCCUUCUCCUUCACCAGCUGCAUCCAGUUGUCCACGCUGGGGUGCAUAAGUGCAGAGAGAUACCAGGCGAUUGCGAAUCCCUUCAUAACAAGUCAACGAAAAAUACGGAUCAAGGUGCUGAUAACUCUUACGUGGAUCCUGGGAAUUUCUGUGGCUGCUGUUUGUCAGAUGUUCUUGAAAGACUCACCUGUGUAUGUAAGAUGCCAAGAAGGCCAAAGAGGAACAUCAUUCUCCUAUGACAACGUUGGUCUCUAUGUGCUGCUCCCUCUGUGGGUGUUUUGUUUUUGGAUAAUCACUGGCUUCUAUGCUCGCAUAUUUGCUCUACUGAGGUCACACAAUCGCAAAAUAUUUGAUGAAGGCAUUUCUGUUCCAACAAAGGACAUUAAGGAAGAUAAGCAAAGCACAGCAGUGGAAAAUGGACAAAAGAAAUGUCAGAACAAGCAGACUCUGAGUCUCAGUGUUGCUGAACCAAGUCGAUUUGAGAAAAAUUUCCUGCUGACCUCCGAGGGAGCCCCACAAAGCAUCUCCAUGAGUUCUGUUAGGACUGGGUUUAAAAUUACAGUAGAGAUGGAACAACCCCACCCUCUUGAAGCGAAGGACGCAUUGCAGACUGUGGAGAAAUCGUUAAAAAUGGAGCAAUGCAGUGCUCAGAAAACAGAAGCAAAAGCCUCAAAUCAAGAUGUGGCUGCUGACAGAAUGAUGCAGGAAAGGCCAAGCAGUCCUAACCACGAAAAUCAGUCCAGACAAAGCCUGAAACCUGAAAGUCCACUCAAAGAAAGCUGCUCCCCGAAUGUAUCAUCUACACAAUUAGAUCAUCCUCAAUCUACCUCGGUCUUAUUGACUGAUCUGAAACAAGAAAACAACAGCACUGGGGGAGAAACACAAGCAGCGCCUACGCUAGAUCAAGAGUCUUCUAUGCCUCCUGUCCUGAGUAAUGAAACUGUAAAACAACACAUACAAGUAGAAGGUGCUGUCUGCAUCAUGCCUUCGAAGGCCAGCAAGGAGAGAGCAAGAAAAAAAAAGGAGAGUAAAAUGGCCAAACGCGCCGGCUACAUCAUCAUAACCUUCCUCUUAUUCUGGCUGCCGCUAAUCACAACCAUCCUGGUUAAUUUUCUUGUUCACAAAAACAGGAAUACACAGAUGUCAGUCAUUCAAGACAUGGAGAUCCUGUCGGUGUCUGUCUCCUGCAUCACAUCACUGAGCAACCCGAUAAUAUACGCUGCGGUGAACCCGCAGUUUCGCUCAGAGUUUUAUAAGCUGAAAAGCUGGGUUAAAUCCAGAUUCUAUAAGAAAUGAGAACAUCUCAUCUGACCUUUACACACUGAUAAUACAUUUAGACUUAUGAUGCCUUGAAAAGGCAUAAACGUUUUCCUAUUAUGAAAUGUUUUAUUGCAGUUUUUUUUAGUUCAAUAAAAAUCAGGUAAAGAGUAAGGACAUGUGCUUUAAUGCAUCAAUCAUAAAAAUCAUAAAAAAAUUGUAUAAAUGUCAAAACGGAAAGCAGACCAGCAGACCUUAAAGAUCAGUAUUGGUCUGGGGAAGCCUGAUCAGUGCAUCUCCAGAUGUAAUGUGAAAAGGUUAAAGGUGUAUCAACAGUUUUCAAAGUUAUGUUAUGCAUCUGAUUUAAUAUAGUAAAUACAGCAUAAUAAAAAAAAAAUAAAAAACUGUCAGAAUCCCUCUAUUAAAGGGAUUUUUUUUAUUUGGUCAUAGGAAGUUUUACAUGCUGCCAUGCUUUCUUCCAUUUUCCACUUGCUGGCUUCUCAGCAGUUGCUAAACACCACAGAGCAGAGACAUCGCAUGCUGUGAGGACCUGGUUGAACCAACAUUCAGCUCAGCAGGAGGACGCUGUAGAGCUCCGCCUCAAACAAGCACUGAGGUCAGCUUAUCUGUCUUCAGAGACCUGCUGACAGGACCCACCGCUGGGCCAGUCAGGUCCUAACAUGUUCGAUAGCAGCUUCUUCAUAUCAUCCAGUCUUUAUACAACAGACAGACUUUGAGUAAACAGGAAAAGGAAAUUAUAAAACCUUGGUGAUUGUAUUAUAGGUUUUAGUCCUCUCGUGGAUGAGGUAUGAAAAUCUCACUCAGGAAUUUCUACGUAAGUGCUUUCGAUAACAUUCAUUUAGAUGUUAAAAUACAACAUACUUCACAAUAUUCCAAAAUUGUUCAAUGUAAUGAAAAAAGAAACUGCAGUCUGUUAAUGAUUUCUUUUCUUCUCUCUGCAUGUUCCUCAUCCAUCCCUCAUUCAGCUCUUCAUUCUUGCCCCCCCCCCACCGCGCUGAACAAUAUGUUUAAACAAGAAAACAAAACAAAAAACUAUUGUCCUUGGCAGUAAACAAAAAGGAAAUGAGAAUUACAAUAAAACUUAAUUACAACAAUGUACCAGUACAAGGAAGUACCAAAAAAACAAGGCUCCCACACUGACAUAUAUUAUUUUUUUAAAAUCUACAUCUUCAGCAUCCUCACCUACACCGUCACUACAUCUAGCACAUCUCAACCCUUAUUUUUCUGAGAGACAUUAAUGGGAACUGACACUAGCAUCUUCCUCAUUCAACUUCAAUAUUAGUUCCACUUGUCAUAGGUCCUUCUGUCAUAUGCUAAACUGUACUGAUUAAAUGGACAAUAUAACUCAGAAGAUUGCAUGAAUCAGCUAGUAAGUUAUUGUUUUGGUUACAAAAACUACAAGUUACAGCCUAAUAACAAAGAAAUGUUUAUUUAUACAUCUAAACUUGGAAUUUCCUCCCAACAUAAAAAUGGAACUUGAAAAAUUUUGCAACUACUUUAGGUGUUAUUGAUAUUACCAAUAUCAAACUACAGAAGGGCUGGGAAGAUAUUCCCAUUGUGCUUGGAAUCCCUGGCUGAGAACCUGAGCUUCCAUGUAUCUGAUAUUUUCCUUUGUUUAUCCCUGAACUCUGUCAGGUAGAAAAUCUUCAUCUUCUUCACCUUUUUCAGCAUCCUUAGCUCUCUCAGUAUCCUCAGCUCCAACACAGCUAGAUCUAAAAUAUUACUUUCCUUACUUUUCUGAGACAUCCAUAGACGCUGUCAAAAACAUCAUACUCCUUAGACACGUUAGCAUUAUGUUAGGUCCAAGGCUUUAGGUGUAGGUCUUUAUAACCUGUACUGCACUUCAGUUUAAAAAGCUAGAAACACAUUCAAAUUUCACUUUCAUGAUUGAACUAGGCUGCAAAAAUAUUAUUUUGGUUACAAAAACUGUAAAACUGUUACUGUCUAAUAAAAAAUAUUUUUUGUAGUUUGCCGUUGAAGUACUUUCAAGAACAAUAUUUUCCCUCUCAUGGUAUGAAUUGCUGUUAAAGGGAUAGUUUGGAGUUACCGAAGUGAAGAGCAGUACAAUUUGAUCAGUAGUAGUUCCCUUACCUGUAGCAAGUGAGGUGCAGAAAACUGAAGAAAUCCUCAGAGUUCAGGUAGGCUAACAGCCAAUCAAAAUUUUGGUUGAAUUUAGCAGUUUAGGACAAGUUAAACAAAAAAAUUUUCUAUUAACAGGAAACAUUCUAUAUAUUUAUUACGUCUAAAGGUUUGUUGUCUCGUUUUUUUGUUGCUGUUUCAACAGCUUUGGUGCUACUACACUAAGUUACGUUGGUGAAUGCUAUCAUUGGCUGCAUGAGUUUGUUGCACAAACAAUAGCCUGUUGUGAAAUCCACUUUGGAUGAGUCGCAGCUGUUGAGGCAGAUUGAUACAGCUGGCAGCCUCAACCAACCUAACUUUAAAACAGCAACACAGAAGCUGUUCGGCUGAGAAAACAACAACAAACUUAAGAACAGGCCCUUCUGGAAGUGACAAAGUGCAUUAUCCGCAAACAUAGCAUUGUAUCCCAUGGCAGUUUUAAAUGGUUAAAAAUCAGCUAAAUAAGGGGAUUCUCUUGACUUGUAGUUAGCCUAUAUUCUACUAGAAUGGACAUUAAUUGUACAUUACUCUCAAUAAAAGAUCAAUACACUUCAACAAGAUAUUUUUCCUAAAUUGCUAGUUAAUAUUAAUGUAACCAACAUAUCUAUUUUGUACCUGCGAGUGUGCCAAACUAUAUAACAGGACUGGCAAGAUGUUCCUGAUGAUGUCUUGGUGGCCAAGUAGAGGUUUCUUGUGCACUUAAUAGUUAACCAGUAGGUGGCACCGUAUGGAGCACUCCACAAGAGUUCAAUAACAUAUAUCAACAACACUCACACAUAGAAGAAAACUGCAUUUGAAGAGCUGCCAGCUGCAAGUGACCACUAAUACAGUUGAAAACAGAUAUAUACAUACAUGGCCUAAAAAGACACAAAACCUAUUUUUCCUCUCUGUCUUACUUUAAAUCAGACUAAACAUGUAUUGUUUUAGGUCAGAAUUACCUAAGUUAAUUCUAUUUUCGAAAAGACAGGAGAGAUAGUUUUUAUUGGGGAUUUUUUCUUUUUCUUUUAACUUUCUUCAAAUUUAGAAGUAUAUAUACGUUUCCUUGAUAUUUGAUUGAAUUGCCGUUUAAGCUGAAUGACUUGGGUCAAAUCCCUCCACAACCCUCUCACCAUUGUUUGCUGUAAUUUUGGCCCAUUCGUCCUGACAGGAGUGGUGUAACUGAAUCAGGUUUGUAGGCCACAUUGUUUACAUACACCUUUUCAGCUCUGUCCACAAAUUCUCUAUGGGACUCAGAUCAGGGCUUUCAAAGCAUUGUCUCUGCUGUCCUUUAGCACCUGUAUAACUAAUUUGGUGGGAUGAUUAGGACCCCCUUUGAGCCCAAGCUUUAACUUGCAGAUGUCUUAAGAUGCUGCUUUAAUAUUUUCACAUAAUGUUAAUGUGACCUGCUCCAAUUCCUCCUGCAGCAAUAAAACAAACAAAAUAAAAUCACAGAACAUGAUGCUGCCAUUCCCGUACAUCACAGUUGGAGGUGAAGGCAUUGGAGUGCUCAAACCUGAAGGCUUUUUCCUUUAGCCUCCAAAUGUAACGAUGGUCAUUAUAACCAAACACUUAGAUUUUUGUCUCAUCAGAUCUCAGUACAAAUUUCAAAAAAUUAAGGUAUUUUUUGCUGUGUGCAUUUACAAACACCAAUCUUAAUGUAAACUUCUGAAGUUGAAAAAAGUAAGGAAAAACGAUCGUAAAACACCCUCCCUCUCAUUAUUCUGCCAUUUAGCAAAUAAAUAAUAUUUUUGGCCUCAAACAGAGGAAGUUGUUUUUUAUUAUUUAAUGUGAGAGAGUGAGGAAAAAAAUGUUACGUGUCUUUUUAUUACACUUACAGUGUAAAUAUCUGGUUUCAGCUGUGUAUGAAGCUAUACCAUCAACAUCCACAUGCAUACAGAAGAAAACUGCUGUAGUGACCACUAUGCAUGGAAGGGUGAAAGAAUGACAUGGGCCAUUUUAUAGAUGCUUCAGCAGAGCUGCGCUGUUUAUUCUACCCACUGCACCAAAUGCACAAUGUGCGAUCAAAUUUGUCCCUUUUCUUUACCCUUACACACCCAGUCCAUUAUUUGCACUUCAUUAAAAGCAGACUUCAAAAGUC